AUGGACGCCAGCGGAUCCACGCGUGCCGCCACCGCCGGCGCCUUCCUCCUCCUCGUCUUGCUCUGCGCGCUGCUGCCGAUCGCGGCUACUAGCAGCGGCUCCGAGAAGGCGUCGUCGUACGUGGUGUACCUCGGCGGCCACCCGCGGCGCGACGGCGUGUCGCCGGAGGAGGCGUCCCGGAGGGCCGCCGCCUCGCACCACGACCUCCUCGCCGCCGUCCUAGGGGACAUGGACAAGGCGCGCGAGGCCAUCUUCUACUCGUACACCAAGCACAUCAACGGCUUCGCCGCCACCCUCGAGCCCGGCGACGCCGCCGUGAUCGCGAGUGAGUGGACCACCAACUGAUCGUCCACGGCGACCUUCGUCUCAAAUGUUUGGUUCUUGAUUCGCGUGAACGUGUCUCGCAUUUCAGAGUACCCCGGCGUGGUGUCGGUGUUCCCCAACAGGGGCCGGAAGCUGCAGACGACGAGGUCGUGGCAGUUCAUGGGGCUCGAGAGGGGCGGCGACGUCCCGCCGUGGUCGGCAUGGGAGACGGCCAGGUACGGUGAGGACACCAUCAUCGGGAACCUCGACUCAGGCGUGUGGCCGGAGUCUAAGAGCUUCGACGAGGGCGAAAUGGGGCCGAUCCCGGACGACUGGAAAGGCAUCUGCCAGAACGAGCACGACACCAACUUCCAUUGCAACAGCAAGCUCAUCGGCGCGCGCUACUUCAACAAGGGCUACGCGGCGGCCGCCGGCGGCGUUCCCCUCGACGACGGGCUCAAGACGCCGCGCGACGAGAACGGGCACGGCACACACACGCUGUCCACGGCGGGUGGCGCGGCGGUGCGCGGCGCGGCCGCGUUCGGGUACGGCGCCGGCACGGCGCGCGGCGGCUCCCCGCGCGCGCGCGUGGCGGCCUACCGCGUCUGCUUCCGCCCGAUCAACGGCAGCGAGUGCUUCGACGCCGACGUCCUGGCGGGCUUCGAGGCCGCCAUCGCCGACGGCGUGCACGUCAUCUCGGCCUCCGUCGGCGGCGACGCCACUGACUACCUCGACGACGCCGUCGCCAUCGGCUCCCUCCACGCCGUCAAGGCCGGCGUCACCGUCGUCUGCUCCGCCAGCAACUCCGGCCCGGACCCCGGCACCGUCACCAACGUCGCGCCCUGGAUCCUCACCGUCGCCGCCAGCUCCAUCGACAGGGAGUUCCCGGCCUUCGCCGUCUUCAACAAAACACGGAUCCAGGGCCGGAGUCUCUCUGAGAGGUGGCUUCACGGGAAAGGCUUCUACCUCAUCAUCAGCGGCGCAGAAGCCACAGCUCCUGGCAGCACGCAGAAAGACGCCCAGGCGUGCUUGCUGGGGUCGCUGGACCCGGAGAAGGCGAGGGGGAAGAUCGUGGUGUGCGUGAGGGGGACCAUCACGAGGGUGGAGAAGGGCGAGGCCGUCCGCCGCGCCGGCGGCGCCGCCAUGAUCCUCGUCAACGACGAGGUCUCCGGGAACGACCUCCACGCCGACCCGCACGUGCUCCCGGCCGUGCACAUCUCGUACGCCGACGGGCUCACGCUUUCGGACUACAUCAAGAACACCAAGAUUCCGUGUGGCUUCGUCAUCAAGGGGAAGACCAUCCUCGAAACCAGGCCGGCGCCGGUCAUGGCUGAUUUCUCGUCUCAGGGGCCGAACACGGUCAACCCCGAGAUCCUGAAGCCGGACAUCACGGCUCCGGGGGUGAGCGUGAUCGCCGCAUGGACCGGCGCGGCGGCGCCUACGGACCGGCCGUUCGACCGGCGCCGCGUGGCGUUCAACGUCCUGUCCGGCACGUCCAUGUCGUGCCCGCACGUGUCAGGCAUCGCCGGCCUGAUCAAGACUCUGCACCCGGAGUGGAGCCCUGCCGCUAUCAAGUCGGCGAUCAUGACGAGCGCGACGGAUCUUGACGCCGAACGGAAGCCGAUCCUGAACUCGUCCCACGUGGCGGCGACGCCGUUCAGCUACGGCGCCGGGCACGUCUUCCCGAGCCGCGCGCUGGACCCGGGGCUCGUCUACGACAUGACCAUCGUCGACUACCUCGACUUCCUGUGCGCGCUCGGGUACAACGCGACGGCCAUGGAGGUCUUCAACAAGGGUUCCUUCGUGUGCCCCAACGCCGCCAUGAGCCUGCAGGACCUCAACUACCCGUCCAUCACCGCGCACGGCCUCCACGCUGGCACCACCACGAUGGUGUCGGUGACGCCGGCGAUGCUGGUGUUCAGGGAAGCCGGCGAGGAGAAGGAGUUCGACGUGAGCUUCACGGUCAGGGACCCUGUCACGGUCACGGGCUACACGUUCGGCGCCAUGGUCUGGUCUGAUGGGAGCCAUCAGGUGAGGAGUCCACUGGUAGUGAAGAUCAUGGGGGAUGAAUGACCUAUAGACAUCUUGUCUACUGAUAGAUUGAACUAGGAAUCUAGCUAGUGGAGAGAAAGUAAAAGGUAGGUAGUGGCUUUGAUCGUUAGGAGAGGAUAAAUGUAGCAUGGAUUUGAAUUUAACCGUUGGUUAAAUAAC